CUGUCUCUGCACUUCCUUUCUUAAAUUGCAUUCGCAUACAUUUUAUUGGAAAAGGCAAAAAGAAGAGAAAGACGGAGAGGGAUCGGACUUUGUCGGCAUCUUUCUUCUCCGAUUUUGGUGGCUGAUCUUUUCCAUUCUCUUCCGGCAUCCGGAGUCCAUCAGCGAACGGAAGCCAGAGUCUGUGACUGUGAGCUAUUAGUGUACCGGACAAGGAGUGAUCGAUGGGUUCGGGGUCGCUUCUUAGGGUUUUGGCUCGAAACUUCGACGUUCUCGCUGGGCCCUUGGUUACAUUUGUGUAUCCUCUGUUUGCUUCAGUCAAAGCAAUAGAAAGUAAAUCACCUGUAGAUGAUCAGCAGUGGCUUACUUACUGGGUGUUGCAUUCUUUACUUACACUAUUUGAGCUGACUUUUGGAAGUAUUAUUGAGUGGGUUCCAAUUUGGACUUAUGCAAAGUUGAUGUUUAAUUGCUGGCUUGUCUUACCAUACUUCAAUGGUGCUUCAUAUGUUUAUGAGCAUUUUGUGAGGCCAAUGGUGAUGAAUCAACAAACAGUGAAAAUUUGGUAUGUUCCUAGGAAAAAAGGUAUCUUCAGUAAACCAGAUGAUGUUCUUUUAGCAGCAGAGAAAUUUCUUGAAGAAAAUGGACCUGAUGCAUUUCAAAAACUUCUGAACAAGGCUAAAAAUCCAUCAAAACCCACAAAGAACGACAAGCACGUGACGUUUGAAGUGGAUGAGAAUAAAAAGGAAUCCAAGUCUUGGAAGAACCUUAGACGUGUUAGAUUUUCCAAAGGGGAUGCUGAUAAAAAACCAAAAUCUUCACAUGGCGAUAGGUUUGUAACUGUGGAUGAGGUGAAGGUAGAACGUGAAUCAAGGACAUCAGCCAACAAGGUAGAUGCUGAAAGGGAGACAAAGUCCACAAAUGAUUCCUCAAAUAGUGGACCUGCAACUUAUGAUGAAAUAUAUGUCCAAUCGGAAUCAAACACAUGGAUGAAUAGCAGUUUUAUGAUUUUCGACGAUGAUAGAAGAUAUUGGAGCUAAACUAUUAGUACUCUAAUUUAGUGAUCAGGCCUGAUAACUCCGCGUACCUUCAGUGGGGGAUUUCACUUAAAAGUUUGCUUUGGGUCUUAAUCUUUUCAGUUCUGUAUAUAUACUGAAGUAGUAUCUAGGAAGCUUGUGCAAUGUAAGGAAGAUAAAAAUCAUAAUAUCUAUCACAUCAGUGUAAUUUAUAGGUUCAAUUAUGUUACAUGGUGUGUGAUGGUGUGUUAUAUUAUGAUAGAAAUGCAGUUGUUUUAAGCUUUUGAAAUA